AUGCCGUCGCAGAAGCGAGCCGCCCCCGGGGUCGACGUUGAGGACGCGGCCGAGUCCGAGAGACUGGCGAGGAGACCGAAAGUUGAAUCCUCCGACAAAGACAGCCAGGAUAGCAAACCGGAAACAUAUGAAUUUCCAUAUCCUUCAAAGAACAAAGUUACUACUCCCGUACCCUUCCAGCAGCCCAGCACGCUGCUGACAUUCUCUUACACGCCGGAGCGGGUCCUAGAGUUCACGGACUCCGCGUUGCGCUACUAUGUCGAGCCGCCACUACGUGCUGAGCUUAAGUAUGGCUAUGAACGAUGGAUCAAGAAGCCCGAGGAGAAGGGACGACUCGACGGUCUGCUCAAGGCUGUCCUGAAGUAUCGCUCGCGAGUCGACGCUGGUGGUGGAGAUGGCGUUGCGUGGUUUGAGGGACGUUGCUGUCAUCUCAUGGCGUGUGUCAUGACCAAGUGA